UGGGGUGAUGUCGGUCUUCACGGAUCCAAUCAGAUUCAGACACCAAACAUAGAUUUAUUGGCGAGUAAUGGCAUUAUUUUGAACAACUAUUAUGUAUCACCACUUUGUAGUCCAUCGAGAAGUGCUCUGAUGACGGGUUACCAUCCAAUUCACACCGGCUUUCAGCACAGUGUCAUCCAUAACGCCCAGCCCUGGGGUUUACCCCUUAAAUUUAAAAUAUUACCACAAUAUUUAAAACCAUUGGGGUAUGAAACACAUAUUGUGGGCAAAUGGCACUUAGGCUUCUUUAAGAAGGACUAUUUGCCCACAAACCGGGGCUUUGACUCUCACUUUGGCUUCUGGUCCGGACAUACAGACUAUUACGACCGCAAGUCAUCACACAAUGGCUUUGAUCUCCGGCACAACGAGAGACACGCUAUGCUUCCAGUCUAUAAAGACGAGUAUUUAACAGACAUUUUGACCAAUAAAUCCAUUGAUAUAAUUAUAAGAAACUCGCAAACAUCGGAAAAGCCAUUCUUCCUAUACUUAGCCCACAAUGCAGUUCACGCGGGACUGAAGAAGCAUUCACUUCAAGCGCCGCACAAAUACGUCAAACGAUUUCAUGGCGUGAAGAAUGAGAGGAGAAGAAUAUUCUGCGCAAUGGUCUCAGCAUUGGAUGAUUCUGUGGGCCAUAUCUUUGCGGCACUUCAUAGGACUGACGCCUUAAACAAUACAAUAUUUAUCUUCUCGACGGACAACGGGGGCGCCACUGGAGGGACCGGCGGCUGGAGUAUCGACAAUAGCAUCGGCUCUAAUUGGCCGCUAAGAGGCUCAAAGUACACACUCUUUGAGGGCGGGAUUCGAGGAUUUUCUUUCAUUUGGAGUCCACUAUUGAAAAGACAAUACGAGAGCAACCAUUUGAUGCAUAUCCAGGACUGGUUGCCCACUAUUUAUAGCGCAAUCGGCGGCCACUUGAAAGACUUGGGACCUAUUGAUGGCAUUGAUAUGUGGAGUACUCUUCAGGACAAUACAGAGAGCCGUCGAGAAUCACUUUUACAUAAUAUAGACCCCGUAUGG